AGGCUAAUAUAUUUAACCAAUCAAGACAUUCCAAUAAUACACGCUGGCAAAAGACACGAAGCUCUUGCUUUCGUAUGGGCUCUGCUGUGUUUCGAUGGGCUUCGUCGGUUAGCAUUGGGCUUUGCUACCCAGUUCAAUUAAAAAAAAAAAUUCAACCCAAGACGGAUAACACGAGGCUCUACGCUUCUCGCUCUUCGUCUUCACCGUUUCUUCACCAUCGUUUCAGUUCUCUCGAUCCAGAACUCCACAAUCAAUACUCCACUACAUCUCGAUUCAAUCGAGUUACCUCCGACGCUAACUGACCUGGAUCUCACGGUGAACCGUUUAUCGGAACUGGACUCGAGGAUCGCUCACCUCUCUAUGCUCAAGAAGCUUUCUCUUCGCCAAAACCUAAUCGAAGACUCCGCCGUCGAGCCUCUCUCUCGCUGGGACGCCUUGUCCGAUAUCGAGGUGAUUAUUAUCAUCCACCCUCUGAUUCUGCGAAUUUCACAAAUAUGAGGCCUUACGAUUGAUAGUCAUUUGUAUAUGUAGGAGCUGAUUCUCAGAGAUAACAAGCUAGCGGAAGUACCAGAUAUAAGCAUAUUCUCAAGGCUUUUGGUCUUUGACGUAUCUUUCAAUGAAAUCACUUCGUUGGAAGGAUUAUCAAAGGCCUCUAGCACGUUGAAGGAGCUCUAUGUGUCUAAGAAUGAAGUUAACAAGAUUAUGGAGACUGAACACUUGCACGACUUGCAGAUUCUUGAGCUAGGGUCCAAUAGAUUGUGGGUUUGGAUUUGUCGUGAUUACUUUACAAUGUUUUAGCAAUGAAUAUGAAAGCAUUGAGGUUUAUUCAGGUGAUGGUGAAUAUGGAGAGCUUGACAAAGUUAGAAGAGCUGUGGCUGGGAAGAAACCGUAUCAAAGUUGUGAACUUGUGUGGGCUCAGAUGUAUUAAAAAGAUUAGCUUGCAGAGCAAUCAAUUGACCUCUAUGAAAGGAUUUGAGGACUGUGUUGCUCUUGAAGAGUUGUAUCUGAGCCAUAAUGGUAUCUCAAAAAUGGAAGGCUUGAGUGCGUUGGUUAACCUACGGGUAUUAGACGUGUCGAACAACAAGCUCACAUCAGUUGAUGACAUUCAGAGCCUCACAAAGCUGGAAGAUUUAUGGCUUAAUGACAACCAGAUAGAAAUACUUGAAGCUAUCACAGAAGCUGUUGAAGGCUCUAAAGCUAACAGCUUUCCCGGAUUCUCCAUAAAAUGGAUGCUAAUGUAACUGCAAACUGUGUUCAUCCUGGAAUCGUGAGAACGCGUCUCACAAGAGACCGAGACGGCCUCAUCACUGAUUUUGUCUUUUUCUUGACCUCUAAGCUUUUGAAGUCCGUUCCUCAGGCAGCAGCAACGACAUGCUGCCUAGCAACGAGUCCGAGAUUGAGGAACGUGUGCGGCAAAUACUUUUCAGACUGUAAUGAAGCUCGGACUUCUAAUCCGGAUCGUGCAAUCUUAAAGCUCAGAGACUGUGGACUGCUUCGGAGUUGUUGGUCACUCCAGCUUCUACUCCCGAUGUUUAUCAAACCUUUAAAUACUUUUUAACCAACGAUGCUAUGUAUGUGUAAAGCCUUUCCAAGCUUCUUGGUUGUGAAAUGUUUUAGAUCAUUUGGAGGAGUAAUAAAGUUUAUAUGUUAUCACUAAUCACAUAUAUAGAUUGAAGAAAGGCAACACAGGCAGAUAUAAACAUUGGCACGCCAAUGUAUGUACCACAAAGACAACUAUUAAGUUAUCAUCAUAUUAAAAUCUAGGGGGCAUUAAGCACAUGCCUAACAAAAAAAUAUUUAAAACACAUUGUGUUAGUGUUAUCGGCUAAACAAGAGUUUGUUUUUAAGAUUUUUGUAAGAACAUAGUUUGUUUUUAAGAUAAUAUUGGCUUUUUAACAUGCUUUUGCAUACUCAUUGCAUAAUUAUAUGCACUUGCAAGGCAUCGCCAGUCCUAUAUUAUACUCAAAUUUUAUGUAGUGUUUCCAAAUCUACAGAGUGAUGCUCUGGUUUAUAUGAUUUAAAGACUAAUUUCUGGUGGUGUUUUAAAAACAAAAUUGGAUUAGUUUGGUUUGUGUUUUAUUUUUCUUUGUAAUGUGUUUCCAUAAGGUGGUUUUGAGAAAAAUAAAUUUUUUUGUUGUUUGAUAUUUUUAUUCAGUUUUUUUUUUUAUCAUAAAAUAGUUUGGUUUUGUAAAAAUAACCGAUUUAAAUCAUCUAUUUUAAUCAGAAACCAUGUAAAGCAAUUUCAUUUCUCUUAAUUCCGUUGAUAUUUGAUCGAAAAACAUUUCUUAACCUUUAGCUAAAAAAUUUAGUUUUCAGUCUCCUUGAUAAAAGAAUUUUGGUUAGUGUAUCAAAUCAAUAUUGUAUAGCCGUAAAUUAAUUAUACAAAUGGAAUUAUUUAUCAUUUGAAAUAAACAAUGCAAAAAACAUGUAAAUAUGUCAUUUUGUAUUUUUUGUAGAGAGGGCAUAAAUUGAAAAUGUAAAAUCAAUAAUUCUAAAUACAUAAAAAAGUUUUAAAUUAAAUGUAGAUUUAACAAUUGUUUUGUAUGAAACAAAAAAUUUUAGCUGAAACUUAAGAAUAUUGACUAUUCAUAACUUUCCGUUCAUUUUAAUAAUAAAUAAACAACAAAGAGUAAGGGGUUGAUUGGUUGUUCUGAAGUUUUUGUUUUUGUUUUUACUUUAGAAAAUAAGCUGUGAAUUGUUUUGCUUCGGUUUUAAUUGUUUUGCUAUAUAUCUAUUUUCAAAGCACUAAAUGAAAUCUUUAGAAAAUUUGAUUUUGAAAACUAAUAUAUUAUUUUUUUUCAAAAAAACUUUAUACUAUAUCUUUAAUUUUAAAAGAUAAAAUAUGAUUGUUUUAAAAAUAAAAAUUUUAGAAAAAAGUGGAUGUCUAAAACAUUUACCACCAUUACCAAUCAACUCCUGAGUUUAUUCAUUUCAAAUUCGUUGGAGAACAUAAUAAAUUAAUUUCUGUAUUAUUACUUAUGUUUUUGGUAGUCAAUUUUGAAAUAAUACAUAUACAUGCUUUUAUAAGAAAAUAAACAAGCUAAAAUUAAUUAAAAUUAUAAGAAGAAAUUUAUCCGGGCGUAGCCCGGACAAAGACCCUAGUAUAUAUAAUAGGGGAUUUUCCUCUCUUCCUAG